AUGAAUGCAAGUAGAAGUAUCUACGUUCUCUUCUAUCUUGUUAUCAUGAUAACUGUAUCCUUAAACCAGUAUUGCUCAUGGUCAAAAAGGACAGCUGAAGUUGUAAGUUCUUGUCCUAAAACAAUUGACGAAACAAUGAGGUCAGCCAAGACAAAGAAGUGCCAUGCUCUAGCAAAUGUGCAAAAAUGUACAGAGCCAGAUAAAUUUAAAUAUCAUUGUCUUCCGGAUCAUGAGCAAAGUAAAUUGUUGGAAGUUUGUGCUCCUGAAAAAAAUAUAUCAGGAAUAUGUGUGGUUUAUAACACAGACAUGGAUGAACUUCAGAACAAUCACAAUACGACCUGCAGUAACCACACGAAAGCAUGCCCUUCUACUUAUCUUUCAACAUCAUCACAUUUCUAUAUGUCUUGUCAAAAAAUGAUAAAUGUGGAGUCAACCUUUUCAAGAAUUUUUGAAGUUACAAGUCCUUCACCGGAUGAUACUCAGAAUGAGUCAGUGAUAUUCCUUAGUACCCUAUCAGCACUUCUAAGUUGUAUCGUUGUUAUAGCUAUAGCAGUUAUUCUUUGGAAACGAAGAAAACAUUUCAAAGAAAUUCAAAAAGAGGAUCCCUUUAGAUCCAGAGAAGACAUGUUAGAAUUUGUAGAAAUGAGAAGAACUACUAUUAAAGAAAAAGAAGAUGCCUCGAACUCUAGGGAAGACGUCGUAAAAUUGGCAGAAAUAAGGAGAACUAUUAAAGGUUGA